AUGGACAUACGCGUGGCCAUCGAAUGCUUCGAAAUACGCCGGCGGGAUCCCUCGAGUAAUCGGGAAACAAGCAGCUUGGACAAACAUUCUACCGGACAAAGCAUGCGAUGUACCACGACAAGCGGACGGGAUGAAUAUUUAACAAAGUCUGCGGUCAUCUCUCUGUACACGCGGACGGUGUACACUCCGUCUCGUGCAGCAAUCCAGACAACACUCCGCAGCAUCCGCGUGUGCAGCGACGACUGCAGAACAGCAUCCACGCCGGUCCACGCUCCCACCAGCUCUCCUCUCCUCUUAGCUGCCCCUCCGCCACCGCUAAGCUUACACACCAACACGGCUUCACCUCCACCGCUACUACUACUGCCUCCACCGUCACCGUCGGCCACCACCACCACCGUCGUAUCCCCGCGAUGCCUCCACCACCAUCAGCAACCUCCACCACCAUCGCCACCACGUUCGCCCAGCAUCGGCCAAGAGGCGAAGGGCCCCGAGGUUUCCACGCUACGAGUCAGUUGGCCGACAUGA